GAGGGGAGUGUAUUUUACUCUUUAAAAUUUGGUGAAACUUACGGGCGUGCGUUCAUUUUGUCGUUUCAUUUCUCUCAUCGUGAGAUUGUUCGUUAUUUCGCUAGCUAGAUAACAACAGAUUGUCAACUGAGAUUGUUAAGAUCUGGAACCCUAUAUUGAGUUUUUAUUAGGAUGACUAAAUAUUGACAAGCAGAAAGAUUACGGGGAAACAACUCGCAUGGAUGCCAGUGGCAAUUCUCUACCGUCCGCUGCCUCUGAUGGAGUGAAGAGAAAGGUGUGCUAUUUCUAUGAUCCAGAGGUUGGGAAUUACUAUUAUGGGCAAGGUCAUCCUAUGAAGCCACAUCGUAUUCGCAUGACACAUGCUCUUCUUGCCCACUACGGAUUGCUUCAGCAUAUGCAGGUCCACAAGCCAUUUCCUGCUAGAGACAAGGACCUCUGUCGUUUUCAUGCGGAUGAUUAUGUUUCAUUCCUUCGAAGCAUAACCCCUGAAACACAGCAGGAUCAUCUGAGGCAACUCAAACGCUUUAAUGUCGGUGAAGAUUGUCCUGUCUUUGAUGGCCUGUACUCUUACUGUCAAACUUACGCUGGAGGUUCAGUUGGGGGUGCUGUCAAGUUAAAUCAUGAUUCAUGUGAUAUUGCUGUCAAUUGGGCUGGUGGGCUGCAUCAUGCCAAGAAGUGUGAGGCAUCUGGAUUUUGCUAUGUCAAUGAUAUAGUCCUCGCAAUUUUAGAACUUCUUAAACAGCAUGAGCGUGUUCUAUAUGUGGACAUUGAUAUCCACCAUGGGGAUGGUGUGGAGGAAGCUUUUUACACAACUGACAGAGUUAUGACCGUUUCAUUCCAUAAAUUUGGUGACUAUUUUCCUGGUACUGGGGAUGUACGUGAUAUUGGAUAUGGAAAGGGAAAAUAUUAUGCUCUUAAUGUUCCACUUGAUGAUGGCAUUGAUGAUGAGAGUUAUCAUUUCUUGUUCAAACCAUUAGUAGGCAAAGUUAUGGAAGUGUUUAAGCCGGGCGCAGUAGUCCUCCAGUGUGGUGCAGAUUCUUUAUCUGGAGACAGAUUGGGAUGUUUUAAUCUUUCAAUCAAGGGUCAUGCCGAGUGUGUAAGAUACAUGAGAUCAUUCAAUGUGCCCCUCUUGCUAGUGGGUGGCGGUGGCUACACCAUUCGUAAUGUUGCUCGCUGCUGGUGCUAUGAGACAGGUGUUGCUCUUGGAAUAGAAGUUGAUGACAAAAUGCCACAACAUGAAUAUUAUGAAUAUUUUGGUCCGGAUUAUACCCUUCAUGUUGCACCAAGUAACAUGGAAAACAAAAAUUCCCAUCAUUUACUUGAAGAAGUUCGAUCUAAGCUACUUGAGAAUCUUUCCAAGCUGCAGCAUGCUCCCAGUGUCCAAUUCCAGGAAAGGCCUCCUGAUUAUGAUCUUGGAGAGGCUGACGAAGAUCAUGAUGAUGGAGAUGAACGUUGGGAUCCAGAUUCUGACAUGGACAUUGAUGUUGAACGUGAGCUUCGCCCAGGCAAAGUAAAGAAAGAAGUUGUUGAACCUCAGCUCAAUGAUCUGGAGGACCAAAGAAGCAGUGGAGAGCAGUUGCGAGGCUCUGAUACCGCCGUAGCUGAAACAUGCUUGAAGGCUUUAGAUAUUUGUUCUCAGCAAGUAGAUGAAGAUAAUGUGAAAGCUGAACAGAAUAUUGUGACUGAUUCGGCCAGAGAGACUGAUCUGAAGUGUUAAGUUAGGUUUUAACUGAUUUGUUGUUGAUGAUUUAGUGAUCCAUAUGUUCUGUCACAUUUCCCAAAUAAUUGAGAUGUAGCUGCUGUUUGGUUUUUUCGAUGAUCAUUGUACAUGCACAGUGGCAUUUUCCUAAUGUUUGCAAAUUUAAACUUGUUUUAUUACAUGACAUUUUUUCCCUACCUAA